ACAUAUCACGCCAAGAUCUGGCAUUCCGAAUAAGAUGUCUCGCAUGACAGUCCGAACCUUCUUGGUCGCCGCGAAAAGACAGCUUCAAAACUCCAUCCGAGACAAGACAUUCACGUCAUUCGUUAUAGGGAACGAGUCCGCAGACCUGGACUCAAUUACCUGCGCCCUCGUAUACGGCUACAUACAAUCGAGCAAUUCCGAAGCCAAAAAGACCGGAAGACUGGUCGUUCCCGUCACCAAUAUCCCCGCUUCGGAUCUGCCUCUUCGACCCGAGCUCACAGCUUUGCUGCGACAUGCCGGAAUCCUGCCAUCAGAACUCAUCACAUUAGACGAUCUAGGUACGGAUCCAUUACCGCAGGACAAGACAGAAUGGACCUUAGUGGACCAUAACGCCAUGCAAGGCAAGCUGGGCGAGCGUUAUUCAAGUCGAGUUGUUGGCGUCAUUGAUCACCAUGACGAUGAGAAGAAGGUCUCUAAGGAUGCUGAGCCUCGGGUUAUCGAGAAGACUGGAAGUUGCAGUAGUCACGUCACGAACUACCUGAGAGAAACGUGGCAGUCUCUCGGAUCCAUGGUGUCGCAAUCGCAUGUAGGAUGGGGCCAGGAGGACGUAGCGAAACUUGCAUUGGGCGCUAUUUUGAUCGACACAAUCAACAUGAAAGCGGAGCACAAAAUUACGGAUCACGACAGGAAAGCGGUGAGGUACCUCGAGGCGAAGAUCAACAUCUCGCCCAAGCUGGGCAAGGACUAUGACCGAGACAGGUUCUUCAACGAGAUCAACGAUGCGAAGUCGAACAUUGAUGAUCUGAGCCUGGAAGAUGUGCUGCGGAAAGACUACAAAGAGUGGAAGGAGGGUGACUUGACGCUUGGCAUUGCGAGCGUGGUGCAGUCUGUGAAGUAUCUGCAAGGCAAGGAGAAGGAUUUCGCCGCGGCAGUCAAGCAAUUCGCGCAGAAGAAGUCGCUGAGCAUCUUCGCCAUCAUGACCGCGUAUCAGGAUUCAUCAAACCAAUUCGCUCGUGAGAUUCUCCUCAUUGCUUCAAACGAAAAAGCAAAGGGGGCGGUUGAGCGAUUCGUGGAGAACGGAGGAGGAGAAUUGCAACUUCAGGACGCAGACGAUGCGGCAGAUAUGCAGGAAGACACGACAAUAUUGUAUCAGCAUCACUGGGCGCAGAAGAACCUCGACGCAAGCAGGAAGAGAGUGGCGCCUUUACUGCGAGAGGCGAUGGCCGGUAAGGGAGCGAACAUAUGA